AUGGGGAUGCUGCUGCCCGGGGAGCGCGGCUGGCCCCUGCGCCUGGGCGCGGCUCUCCUCCGCCGGCUGCAGGGCGAGAAGUCCUGGGAGAGGAAGCUGGACGAGAGCAACCUGCUGCAGCAGAAGAGGAUUUGGGAGUCUCCCCUCCUCACGGCUGCAAAGGAGAACGAUGUUCAAGCCCUCCAGAAAUUGCUCGCCAGCCAAACCUGUGACAUUCGUGAGAGAGGAGCUGUAGGGGAGACGGCUCUUCACAUCGCUGCUUUGUACAACAGCGUCGAAGCUGCCCAGCUCCUGAUGAAUGCAGCUCCAGACCUGGUGGAUGAAGCGAUGACCUCAGACCUAUACAAAGGGCAGACAGCUCUUCACAUCGCAGUGGUGAACAAAAACCUGAGCCUGGUGAAAGCUCUGCUUGAGAAAGGGGCAGAUAUUAACAGCCCACGAGCCACUGGAUACGUCUUCAGGCGCCGGAGCGACAACCUCAUCUAUUUCGGAGAGCACAUUUUAUCUUUCGCAGCCUGUGCAGGGAGCGAAUCAAUCGUGCAGCUGCUGAUUGAAAACGGCGCCGACACCAGAGUGAGAGACUCCUUAGGGAACACCGUCCUCCACAUCUUGGUCCUCCAGCCCAACAAAGCGUCAGCGUGUCAGAUGUACAAUCUGUUUCUCUGCUACACGAAGGAAGACGGGGAGCGGGGAGCCCUGGACUCCGUUCCCAACGACGAGGGGCUCACCCCGUUCAAGCUGGCCGGUGUAGAGGGCAACGCUGUGAUGUUCCAGCACCUAAUGCAAAGAAGAAAGCACAUCCAGUGGACCUUUGGGCCCGUGUCGUCCACCUUGUAUGACCUCACAGAAAUUGACUCGUGGGGUGAUGAUCAGUCUCUCCUGGAGCUUAUUGUCACCACUAAAAACAGAGAGGCUCGGCGAAUCCUAGACCUGACCCCCAUGAACGAGUUGGUAAACCUUAAGUGGAACAAGUACGGGAGGCCGUAUUUCUGCAUCUUGGCUGUAUUCUACGUGUUGUACAUGAUUUGUUUCACCAUGUGUUGUGUCUACCGGCCUCUGAAACACCGGGGCUAUAACAGAACAAGCGAAAGAGACAACGUGCUAUUCAUUCAGAAACCGUUACACGAAUCUUAUAUCACUCCAGAGGAUGACAUAAGGCUGGUGGGCGAACUCAUCACCGUGAUUGGGGCCGUACUAAUCUUGGUCCUCGAGAUUCCAGAUAUCGUCAGAGUUGGAGCCACCAAGUAUUUUGGACAAACAAUUCUUGGAGGGCCUUUCCAUGUGAUCAUCAUCACGUAUGCCUGCAUGAUCUUGGUGACCAUGGUGAUGCGUCUCACCGGUACGUCAGGAGAGGUGGUCCCCCUGUCCUUCGCUCUGGUGCUGGGCUGGUGCAACGUCAUGUAUUUUGCACGCGGGUUUCAGAUGCUGGGGCCCUUCACCAUCAUGAUCCAAAAAAUGAUCUUUGGGGACCUCAUGCGCUUCUGCUGGCUAAUGGCGGUGGUGAUCCUUGGCUUUGCAUCUGCUUUUUAUAUCAUCUUCCAAACGCAAGAUCCAGACGAGCUGGGCCACUUCUACAACUACCCCAUGGCGCUCUUCAGCACUUUCGAGCUCUUCCUCACCAUCAUUGAUGGGCCGGCCAACUACGAGGUGGACCUGCCCUUCAUGUAUGGGAUCACCUACUCCGCCUUCGCCGUCAUCGCCACCCUCCUGAUGCUCAACCUGCUGAUCGCCAUGAUGGGCGACACGCAUUGGCGUGUGGCUCACGAACGGGAUGAGCUUUGGAGAGCUCAGGUUGUUGCCACGACAGUCAUGCUGGAACGCAAACUCCCUCGAUGCCUCUGGCCUCGAUCAGGGAUGUGUGGGAAGGAAUAUGGACUGGGCGACCGAUGGUACCUCAGGGUCGAACGUCGCUGUGAACUCCGGCAGCAGAAGGCCAAAGCCUACGAACCCCACCGAAGGGACGCCUUUGAGAAGUACCUGAACAACAAGAAGGCUCUUCCCCCAGAGAACGGCGAACCGUUCUACUUGAAGAAGCAGGGACCCUUCGGCACCCCUUCGGACACACCCUGUUCAUCCCGGAGGAGCUCCGCUUGCGGCUGGGACAUCUUGCGCCGCAGCGCCUUGGGCCAAGGGCAAGGGUACACCAAUUACGGCAUGGAGGAGGAAGAAAUCUACCACGUCUGA